CUCCCCAUCCCCCAAGAAUAUAUAAAGAGUCCCAACCUCAGUCACCGACCCUGACCAAGAGGCGUCUGUCCUUGUUAAUUACUGGAGAAACAACCCCAACCCGGGGGAGCUCUGCUGGCAGAGCUGGAUUUGCCGGCCUGCAGUGGCCAAGGGAACUGAGAUUCUUGCUUAUCUCCCUCGUGGCUGAGUCCAGGUGCACCACUUGCCCUUCCACAGAAUGGAUAUGAUGGACGGCUGUCAGUUCUCACCUUCUGAGUACUUUUACGAAGGCUCCUGUAUUCCGUCCCCUGAGGGUGAGUUUGGGGGUCAGUUUGAGCCACGAGUGGCUGCUUUCAGGGCACAGAAAGCAGAGCUGCAGGGCUCAGACGAUGAACACGUGCGAGUACCUACUGGCCACCACCAGGCUGGUCACUGCCUCAUGUGGGCCUGCAAAGCAUGCAAGAGGAAGUCCACCACGAUGGAUCGGCGGAAGGCAGCCACCAUGCGUGAGCGCAGACGCCUGAAGAAGGUCAACCAGGCUUUUGAGACGCUCAAGAGGUGCACCACCACCAACCCCAACCAGAGGCUUCCCAAGGUGGAGAUCCUCAGAAAUGCCAUCCGCUACAUUGAGAGCCUGCAAGAGCUGCUGAGGGAGCAGGUGGAGAACUAUUACAGCCUGCCGGGACAGAGCUGCUCAGAGCCCACCAGUCCCACCUCCAACUGCUCCGACGGCAUGCCUGAGUGUAACAGUCCUGUCUGGUCCAGAAAGAACAGCAGUUUUGACAGAGUCUACUGUCCUGAUGUAUCAAAUGCAUAUGCUACAGAUAAAAGUUCCUUAUCCAGCCUGGAUUGUUUGUCCAGUAUAGUGGAUCGAAUCACCUCUGCAGAGCAAUCUGGGUUGUCUCUCCAGGACCCAGCCUCUCUCUCUCCAGCUGCCAGCACCAGUCCACAGCCUGCAAAUCCAGGAGACUCCGGUUCCAGACUUACCUAUCAUGUGCUAUAAACUAAGUAGCCAGUGGCAAUCAGUUCUGUCAGGAGGGCCUACUAUACAGG